CUGGAGAACGUGUGUUUGAGACUCAGUUUGAUUCACGAACAGAGUCAUCAUCAUCAUCACUGUAACAGCUUUACGAACACCUUUCACUCACUGAACACGUGCAUGGUUGAAAGUGUGUGGGAAGUUUUCUGAGCAUUGUAUAUUUGGAUCUGCGCGUGUGUGGACUUCAUCAGAGCGCGUCACGAUGUGUCUCCGGAGCUGGUCGAGGGUCUUCAGUGCACUGCUGCUGCUGGGCUUCUGCUCUCGGGUCAUCGGGGCUCAUGAAUGCGAGCACUGCUCCAGACUGGAGCUCGAGCUGUGCGGCGGACCGGACUGGACUCUGGGCUUCUGCGGAUCCGGACUCACCUGCGCGGCGCUCAACAGAACCGGACCGGCGCGCGCACCCGAGACAGGUGUCUGCAGAGUUUCUCCCAGGUGUGUUCAUGAUGGGAAGGAGUUCACGGAGGGCGAGGUGUAUCGUAUGGACCCCUGCUGGAUGUGUCAGUGUCGAGGCGGAGUGUCGUUCUGCUCUAGAACUGAAUGCACAGAGAUGGACUGCCAGAACCGCUACGUUCCUGAAGGAGAAUGCUGUCCCGUCUGUAUAGAUGUGGAGCUGCUGGCGGUGGAGAGCACUAAAGCGAGCUGCUGGGUGGAUCACAGGCUGCGUGCGCACGAGGAGCAGUGGAAGGAGGACGACUGCACCUUCUGUCAGUGUGUGGACGGAGAGCCGCACUGCACAGCCAUGGCCUGCAAACAGAGCUGCCAGAACCCUGUGAAGAUCCCUGGAGAGUGCUGCCCCUUCUGUGAGGAGCCAUCAUAUGAGUCCGUGAGCCCGCUGCUCUGCCCACCGUUGGAAAACUGCUCUCUCUCUGGGCAUGACUGCCCAUCUGGCUUCCAGCAAGACACCAGCGGCUGUCUUCUGUGCCGGUGUGUCAACAAUGAAACCUGUCCUGUUGUGUCCAAGCACUGCUCUCUGGAGUGUCCCAUGGGUUAUGAGAAAGACCGCUAUGGUUGUGAAGUGUGUGAAUGUAGUGUAGCCAGUCCAAAGUGUCGUCCCAUGACAUGCAGCAAGACAUGCCCUUAUGGAUACAUGAGGAACAAGCACGGCUGUGAGAUGUGCCGCUGCAUCCGCUGUCCACCGUUCACCUGCGACAAACACUGCAGCGAGGGCUUCAGGAAGAGCAGGAAGGGCUGCAGCGUCUGCCAGUGUAGAG